CUUCGUCUCCCGGGAAAAGACACAUCUGUGCUGCCGCCAUGUUAGGCCAGAGUGAAACAGUAGGACUAAUAGUUGUAGUAGCAGCAGUGGGAGGAGGUGGUCUUAGCUUGUGAUGUGUACUCCGUCUAACAUUCCGAGUUUUUUUUCACUCUUCAAUCACGUUGGCUCAAUUAAGUGGCUCUGGGCUCUCGGCAAGUGUGGGGUUACAUUUGAUACCUUCCAACCCGCGCAAAUUGUUCCAGAAUCUAGAAUUGUUGAAGAUGGCUACCAAAGUAAAAUCACCUCCAAAAUAUGCCUGUCGUAAUUGGUAUAGACCUCGAUGCAAAUGGCUCCAUAACAUGUUGCUGCGCUAACAGAAGAUUUUGUCUAAAUAAUUUCUUUCCACAAAGUGAGGAACCUUGGGUACAUUUCAAGCGCUGCUGUGAGUACAGAGACUCUGCAUUGUCAUGAAUCGUUACACCACUAUGAAGCAACUUGGGGAUGGAACAUAUGGCUCCGUUCUCAUGGGAAGAAGUAUAGAUUCAGGAGAGCUAGUUGCUAUUAAAAAAAUGAAGAGGAAAUUCUAUUCUUGGGAUGAAUGUAUGAAUCUCAGAGAAGUCAAGUCACUUAAAAAAUUAAACCAUGCGAACGUAAUCAAACUGAAAGAAGUUGUAAGAGAAAAUGAUCACCUCUACUUUGUGUUUGAAUAUAUGAAGGAAAAUCUCUACCAACUGAUGAAAGACAGACCAAGGCAAGAUUCCUGCGCUUGUUCUUGCACAAGAAACCGGCUCUUUCCUGAAUCGUCCAUUAGAAACAUCAUGUACCAGAUACUUCAAGGGUUAGCUUUUAUCCACAAACAUGGAUUUUUUCAUCGUGACAUGAAACCGGAAAACCUCCUUUGUAUGGGACCAGAACUGAUAAAAAUAGCUGAUUUUGGUCUAGCUCGUGAAAUUCGAUCUCGUCCACCAUACACUGAUUAUGUGUCUACAAGAUGGUACAGAGCACCUGAAGUCCUUCUGCGCUCAACAAAUUAUAGUUCUCCUAUUGAUGUAUGGGCUGUUGGUUGUAUUAUGGCAGAACUCUACACAUUAAGACCUCUCUUUCCUGGCUCCAGUGAAAUAGAUGAGAUUUUCAAAAUUUGCCAAGUUUUAGGAACCCCUAAAAAGAAUAAUUGGUCAGAAGGCUAUCAGCUUGCAGCAGCCAUGAACUUCCGUUGGCCUCAGUGUGUCCCCAAUAACCUCAAGACUUUGAUUCCCAAUGCAAGUAGUGAAGCUAUUCAACUCAUGAGAGAUAUGCUUCAAUGGGACCCAAAAAAGCGACCAACUCCAAGCCAGGCACUACGUUAUCCCUAUUUCCAUGUUGGUCAAGCUUUGGGAACUCCUCAGCAAGUACAAGAAUAUGGAAGGCAGCAAAGAGAAACACAGUACAAACAUUCAGUUAAUCAGUUGAAGCCUGUGCCUCCACCUCAGCCCCCACCUCAGCAUCAUCCUCACCCGCCUUCAAGGCCACUUCAACAAAUUACACCCUCUCAGCAUCAAUUAUGUGCGAGGCAAACAGAUCCAGCACCUGGUUCACUUGAAAGAGAAAACCAAGGUGAACAAGAGAAACCCCAUCAAAAUCUUCCUUCAAUAAAUACCAGAAUAUCUCAGAAAGUGAACAAGACAGAGGAAAGUAUAUGCAGCAGCAGCAGCAGCACACAGCCAAAAGGCAGUGCUCGACGAUGGAAUAAUGUAAUUUUGAAAGAUUUCAACAACUGGAGUGAUUCAGGGGAUUUAGCAUCUAGCUCUCCGACUAAAAAUGCACAUUUAAAUGAUAAAAAACGACCAAGUCAGGAAUCACAGUUUAAAAUGGGAAACCUUUUAGAUUUCUCUUCAAGUGGUAAAUCAAACAGCAGCAAUAUGCCUACAGCCAUUAUAAUGCCUCUUCCAGAUACAAGUGCAUCUAGAGCUUCUUCAGCCAAGUAUCACUAUCUGAAACAAUCCCGGUAUCUACCAGGAAUAAAUGCCAAGAGCACCCCACUUGCCAAUGCAGGUAAAGAUUUCAACGCACGCAGUCCCUGGGCCAAUUCUAAUCUUUCCAGUAAACCUUCAGGGGUGGUUGGAGGAACUCUUCCCAUCAGUAAUGCAGUUUAUACAACUGGCACUGAUACCUCUGGAGGAUACACAUCAUUUCUUAAAAAAGAAGUUGGAUCUGCUGGCCAAAGAGUGCGGUUAGCACCUGUUGGGGAAACAGAUUCUAGUUAUGCAACUUGGAAAUCCAAUCGAGCACAGUUGGGAUGUCAGCCAUAUAAUUCAUCGAGCAAAAACAUCAGUGGGUUAAUUCCACGUCCACCUGCAGUCCAUCCAAUACAUGGGCGAAUUGACUGGUCUUCCAAAUAUGGAGGACAUCGAUAAAAAUAGAAGUAUUUAGCAUUUCAACUACUACUCAAGAAUGUCAGUUUCUUAAUAUCAGUAAAUAUCACAGUUUCUCUAACAAUUGCCACAUUUGAAGAUGAAUCUGGAUUUCAGGCACCCAAAAUAUUGCUUGUGACGUUGUUUAGAUUUGCUUCCAUUAGCAGUUGGCAUUUUUUUACACCUCUGGAGAAGAUAUUUUUGCAAGAGCUUUCUGAACAUUUGCCAGUUAAUAGUAAUUUAAUUUUUUUUACAUUUUUCUACUUCUGUAUAUAUUGUGUAAUGUGUAAAACAAGUUAUCAGGUUUUUAUAAAUACAGAUGUACUGUAUAAGUAUUUUGUUAAAGGGCAGAUAGACACAUGCAGACCUUUUUGCAUAUGAAAGUUACUAUUUGAGGAAUAUUCUCUGAUUGUGAUAUGCAGUACACUACAAGUGAGACUCAUUGAAAUUUGCCUGUGGCAAUCUACCAAGAAGGCAUUUAUUUUUCUAAUUUUGGUGGGGAUGGGGUCAGAAUUUAUUAUUAAAUGUGAGAAAUGCUCACAUUUCUAAAAGAAAAAUAACUCGUCUUUUAAAAAGUAAGUAGAAAAAUAUUUCAUUCACUUUUUGUCUUCUAUCGUCUGCCACUUUCUUUCAUGGGAGCAGACUUGUUCCCAGGUCUCCCUCUACAGUAUGAUUAACUAAUUAUUAAAAGCAGUUCCCCUUGGCCUGCUGAUUUUCCUUCCUUUGUACCCAGUGGUGUCUUUCUCUCAUGGCACAAGAUUUAACAAAUCCAUUGCAUGAAAACCUCUGAGCUCAAACAUAUACCUGUCACUAAAUAGCACAAGCACACUGACACAGGUGUUCUAUACCAUUUCCCAUCUUUGUAUCUUUCUUCCCCAAAUAAUUUUCAGGUGGUAUUGAAAGUACAUUGUGGAAAUUUACUUUCAGAUGUAUUACUUGAAGAUUACAGCAUAUAAAUCCACUUUCAAAGCUUUGAAAAAAAAACCAGGGGUUGAGUUAAAGGUAUUUUCUAAUCAACAAGCCAUCUUCAGAGUUGUUGAUAUAAACCUCUGGAGCAGGUGGGACUUGAACUCAGGCCUCCUGGCCUAGAGUUAAAGAUGCUACCACUUCCCCACUCGGGCCCAUUGGUGAUUUGAAUCCAUUCCCCCACAGCAUUAACCUGGUCCACUUGGCUAAUAAACCAGUGAGGAUGUCGCUACACCAACCUCUUCCCUAAAGGAUAAACUUGUACCCUGCGAGUAAAUUGUGAAUGAUCAGUGUUUGGUGUAGGAGGACUGAUUUUGGUUUGUUGGUCUCCAUGUACGGUUUGCUUUGUGUAUGUGGGCAUGUCCUAAAUUCCUUCACAUCAUCUUGGCAACAUGGCCCAUUUUGCUUGCCUACUCUCGUGCCCUGACUUGAAGCACAUUUAAUCUGAGCACGUAUCUCAGAGCUGAAAGUUGAGGCAGACGCCUAAUACGUAAAUAGCACUAAGCAUUUAUUUGUGGAAAAAUGGGAAUGGGGGUCAACUUAUAUGCCGAGAAUAGACCUAAACAUGCAUUUUGGUAUUAAAAGCUGGGGCCAUCUUGUAUAGCAAAUCAGCUUGUUUGCUAUGGUCUAAGAAACUUUUGAUGAUCGAAGGCAAUUCCAUUUUUUGUGUUAAGCAAAAAUGAUGUGCAUACAUAAUGCCUGGACUAAAAUUUACUUAAUCUGUGUGACCAAAAGACCAAACCAAAUAGCCAUUACAUCAGUAUUUAGCUUGUCUUUUACCAGCAAGUAACUUAUGAAGUGCACCCUUGAGGUUUUAGUUGCAUUCCUAAAACACUCCAAUAUACAAUGCUGCCAUUUUCUUCCCUGGAAUCACAUAGAAUGGGUUUACUGUUGAUGUAAAGGUCACCAUUUUCAAUAUUCUUGAGGUUACUCACUACUUAUUUACUUCCCAUUUUCCACUCAAAACUUGCAUCUUCUCUGCAUAGUGCUGGAACAAAUGACCUUUCUAUGGAUUUGAAUAAAGAUGAAAUGUAAAGGUCACUCACAACAGGGAUGAGAGCUUGUGUUUUCUGGUCUGCAGUGUAACGUCAGUUCCAGAGUUCAGAGAGAGACGAAGUGUCAUUGAAUUAACUCCAUAGCAUUUUCACUUUGGAGUUUUGACUGCACUUUUCUUGGUAUUUCAUUGUAGAAAUUUUGACAAGUUUCAAGUUAAUGCAUUUUCCAUGUGUUGGGGUAUCUUUUUCUUUGCAGGUUUUAUUCCACAAUACUUUUUUUGGCGCUUCUGAAGCAUAUUGCUAUAUUUUUGUUAUAUACAUCUCUUCAUUUCCAUUUUAACCUGUGGCAUAGCUCGCCAGAUGCUUAAUAGUGAAAUCAAAAUGUAUUAAAGCAAUGCAGGAAAUUGCAUAUGUUAAAUGAG